GGUUUCUGUAGUCAGUCUUUCUUCAGAGCUGUGUUUUUCUAGCAAAGGUUAGAUAUUAAUGAAAGAAAAGAUGAAGAUGACAUUAAUGACGGAGAGGAUUGUGAAUCAUGCUCUAGAGAUCAUUUAUCUGUUGACUGGAGAGGAAUACACCAUUGUGAAGAAGAAUUCUACCUGUAAAACCAUUCCCCAACUGAAUGGAGAGGUCCCUGUUAAGUGUGGUGAUGUUGCAAUCUAUUUCUCCUUGGAAGAGUGGGAGUAUAUAAAAGGACACAAGGAUGUGUACAAGGAUGUGAUGAUAGAGAAGCACCAGGCCCUCAAGACAGUGGAAAUAUCAGCACAUGAAAGCACGGGGGUACAUAGUGAAAAUAUAGAAUCCAUCUCAAUUAGUGACGAAGAUGAUGAUGAUGUUUUGCUGGUGGAAAUCAACUCGGGCACCUGCACAGGUGGAAUGAAUUCUGACAUAUUACAUGCUGAACCAACACAAACUCAAUAUGUAAGCAGUCAGCUGGAAGCUGAGCAGGAAGUCUGUCACAAUAUUGCCCCAGAAAAUGUUCAGGUUGAAAACAGUUACGAGGAUGAAACAAAUAUGCAACAGCUGGAUAUCCAUUCAACUGCCUGUGCAAAUGAAUCUAUUGUGGAAGAUAUAAUUGAAGAACCUCAUAUAGCAGCCUGUUCAUUUGAGAUGUUUGAAGGUGAUACAAGCCUGUUUCAUAGGGUUCCAAUAGAAAACUACAAAAGUCAAACACCAUUAAAUAUGGUUGAAUACCAGACAACUUACAUAGGAGAGACGUCGCAUACAUGUCAGAAAUGUGGUAAAAGCUUCUUCUCUCAGGCACAAUUAGUUAAACAUCAUAAGACACAUAUGAAGGGGAAUUCUUAUAUAUGUCACAGCUGUGGGAAAUGUUUCCCUCAAAAGUCGCGUCUGGUUGUACAUGUCAGAACUCAUACUGGUGAAAAACCAUAUAUGUGUCGUAAAUGCGGGAAAAGGUUCUCAGACAAAUCUAAUCUUGCUAAACACUACAAGUCUCAUACAGGUGCAAAGCCCUAUGUUUGUCUAAAAUGUGGCAAAGGCUUCACACAAAGGUCUGACCUUGAUAGACAUGAUCGGACACACACAGGAGAAAAACCAUAUGUUUGUCAGAAUUGUGACAAAAGCUUCUCUCAAAGGUCGAGCUUGAUGAAGCACCUGAAAACUCAUACUGGGGAUAAGCCAUAUGUUUGCCAAGAAUGUGGGAAAGGCUUCUUUGAAAGGUCAGAUCUUGAAAAACACUACAGGACCCAUACCGGAGAGAAGCCAUUUGUUUGUCAGGAUUGUGGGAAAAGCUUCAGUCAAAAGUCAAGCCUGAUAAAGCACCAUAGAACUCAUACCGGGAAUAAUCUAUAUUUUUGUCAGUAUUGUGGGAAAGGUUUUACCCAAAGGUCAAGUUUGCAUAAACACAAUAAAACUCAUACUGAGCAUAGUGCAUAAAUUUGUUUUUGUCGGAAAAAUAAGAACUGUAAGAUCAUAUCUGGAUUAGGAUAUCAGAAUAUGUAACCUGUAUUUAGAAAUGUGCUCUCCUGGAAGAUUUAACAUUAUCUUAAAGAAAUGUUUGCUUUUUUGUUUAUGAUAGCUAGUAAUUGUAACUUAACUCUGUUUACUCAUCAUUAAAAUAUAGGUUUGUGCAAAA